AAUAAUAGACAGGGAAGAGGAGGGAGGAAAACUUGAUUACGGUGGGAAACUUGAUGGAUUUCUGCCCUGCCGACAGCAGCGCGGUGUGAGCAGCCCCUUGCCGGCUGGAUGGAUGAUGGGAAUCUCACCAUGAGGCAGAUAGCUGAUCAGCUUCCCUGGAUUUCGCUGACGCCACAGGAAAGCUUUGCCUGAAGAUGGAAACACUGGAGUCAGAACUGACCUGCCCUAUCUGUCUGGAGCUGUUUGAAGACCCGCUGCUGCUGCCUUGCGCUCACAGCCUCUGCUUCAACUGCGCACACCGCAUCCUGGUCUCCCACUGCGCCACCAACGAGCCAGUGGAGUCUAUCACCGCCUUCCAGUGCCCGACCUGCCGCUAUGUCAUCACCCUCAGCCAGCGCGGUCUAGACGGGCUCAAGCGUAACGUCACCCUGCAGAACAUCAUCGACAGGUUUCAGAAAGCCUCGGUCAGCGGGCCCAAUUCCCCCAGCGAGACCCGCCGGGAGCGGGCAUUUGAUAACAACAGCAUGUCGUCCUGCGAGAAGGUCCUCUGCCAGUUCUGCGACCAAGACCCUGCCCAGGAGGCAGUGAAAACCUGUGUUACCUGCGAGGUGUCCUACUGCGAGGAGUGCCUGAAAGCCACUCACCCCAAUAAGAAGCCGUUCACUGGCCACCGUCUCAUUGAGCCCAUCCCGGACUCCCACAUCAGGGGAUUAAUGUGCUUGGAGCACGAGGAUGAGAAAGUUAACAUGUACUGCGUGACUGAUGACCAGUUAAUUUGUGCCUUGUGUAAACUGGUCGGGCGGCACCGUGACCAUCAGGUGGCAGCUUUAAGUGACCGUUAUGACAAGCUAAAGCAAAAUUUGGAGAGUAACCUCACCAACCUUAUUAAGAGGAAUACUGAGCUGGAAACUCUUCUGGCGAAACUCAUUCAGACCUGUCAGCAUGUAGAAGUAAAUGCGUCCCGCCAAGAAACCAAACUGAUGGAAGAAUGUGACCAGCUCAUUGAAAUUAUCCAGCAAAGAAGACAAAUAAUUGGAACCAAAAUCAAAGAAGGAAAGGUGGUGAGGUUGAGAAAACUGGCUCAGCAGAUUGCAAACUGCAAACAGUGCAUUGAGCGCUCGACAUCCCUCAUCUCUCAGGCUGAGCAGUCGCUGAAGGAGAAUGAUCACGCUCGUUUCCUGCAGACAGCUAAAAAUAUCACUGAAAGGGUUUCCAUGGCAACUGCAUCCUCCCAGGUUCUAAUUCCUGAAAUUAAUCUCAAUGAUACUUUUGAUACUUUCGCACUUGAUUUUACCAGGGAGAAGAAGUUGUUGGAAUGCCUUGAUUAUCUUACAGCUCCCAACCCACCCACCAUUCGAGAAGAGCUCUGUACAGCUUCAUAUGACACCAUUACUGUCCACUGGACAUCGGACGAUGAGUUCAGCGUGGUCUCUUACGAGCUGCAGUACACCAUCUUCACUGGACAAGCUAAUGUUGUUAGUUUAUGCAACUCAGCCGACAGCUGGAUGAUUGUUCCUAAUAUCAAACAAAACCACUACACGGUGCACGGGUUACAGAGUGGCACUAAGUACAUCUUCAUUGUUAAGGCCAUUAAUCAGGCAGGCAGCAGGAGCAGCGAGCCUGGCAAACUCAAGACAAACAGUCAACCAUUUAAACUGGACCCCAAAUCUGCUCAUAGAAAAUUGAAAGUGUCUCAUGAUAACUUGACGGUGGAACGCGAUGAAACAUCCUCCAAAAAGAGUCACACACCAGAGCGAUUCACAAGCCAAGGGAGCUAUGGAGUAGCUGGCAACGUGUUCAUCGACAGCGGGCGGCAUUACUGGGAAGUGGUUAUAAGCGGGAGUACGUGGUAUGCUAUUGGUAUUUCCUACAAGUCAGCACCGAAGCACGAGUGGAUUGGAAAGAAUUCUGCCUCCUGGGUGCUUUGCCGCUGCAAUAACACGUGGGUGGUGCGGCACAACAGCAAAGAAAUCCCCAUCGAGCCUGCCCCUCACCUCCGGCGGGUCGGGAUUUUACUGGACUAUGACAAUGGCUCCCUUGCUUUUUACGAUGCUUUGAACUCCUUACACCUUUACACUUUUGACAUUACUUUUGGGCAGCCAGUGUGCCCCACGUUCACAGUGUGGAACAAGUGUUUGACCAUUAUAACUGGCUUGCCUAUCCCUGACCACCUGGACUCCUCGGAGCAGCUCGCAUGACUGCUAAAAGCCAAAAGGUAGGACAACACAUCUUCCCAGGGUGGCCAGGCAGCUGCCUGCAGGAGCUUACCCGGAGCUGGUGGACCUAUGUGGCAUCCUGGCCAUCGCUGCCAAAUUUGGCCAAAACUGAAAAGGAGAGAAUAUCUCUUUCUGUGUACUCUGUGAGGAAGAACAAGAGGUGGCUUUAAAAAUAUCUUGGAACUUUCUUUUGCAGUUGGUUUUGUUUGGUUGGUUUUGUAUUUAGUCUCUUACUGGAAGAUUUAUAAAUUAUUUAUAAAAAUAAAAAAAAAAAAAAAAAAAGUGCAAACCUGGUUUGGACACCUGGAAAAUUACUUUUUUUUUUUUCCUGCACAUUGAUGGCCCUAUUAAUUAAACUUUCAUCAACCUUUUGAAUAAUUUCAUUUUACAGUGGAUAAAAACAGGAAAUCGGAAGGAUGAAAACUGCGCAGUGGACAAGUCAGUAUACUGCAGAUUCUACUCGUACCAACAUUAGUGGUCUCAUUGCCAGCCUUAUUGAGUGUGAGAUCUCCCAGUUUCUACUUUGCACAUGGAAGUGUGCAGACCAAAAGAACAGAAAUAAAAAAGAGAGCCAGCCAACACAGCAAAAGAGUAAAGUUUAAUUUACUUCUGUUCACAGGGCAGUGCUCUCUCAGUUCAUAAAAAACAUGUGGAAUAUCUCCUAGAAAUGUGAGUGGAUAAAUCAUCUGGUGAUUUAUUUUAUUGAUGGCAACAUUCCCAUCUACCAGUGCUUCACUUUCGUCUUUGGGAAAUAUUAUAGAAUCACUGAGGAUGUGGGAGACUGAUACCAUCUCUGAGAAUCAGCAACACUGGAGGGGAGCAGCCAAUCCAAGGUCUGACUGUAGACUAAUUUGAUAAAGCACGGCAUCAUUUAAGGAUUGAUUGUAAUAGAAAAUGUCACGGUUCUGAUGGUAGACAUGUGAAUGCUUAUUGCUGAUUUUACAAGGUUCAACAUAGCAAGCCCAGCCAACAACUCGGAAGUGAGACUUGCACCACUUUACCAUUGAUUUUAAAUUAAAUACAAAUGUUUCACUGUCAUACACUGUAUAGUGUCUAUAACAAAGCAAGGAAGUCUGUUUUACAUGUGCUGUAUGGAGAAACAAUGCAGCUGGAGUGUGCUCAUAGUUAUUGUCCUGGGUUGUUUGGGAAAGCACAAUUCUCUUUGUGAAUGAGGAGUAAAGAGCAAGCUUUCAGCAGCAGUAGGAAUCUGCAUGGGCAGACCUGACAUUCAUCCUAGUGUUGGUAGAUGAGCUUCAGUGAAGGCAGUAGAGGUUGUAUGUACUUUAUCUCAAAGCUGAAUCAGGUACAUUUUUUCCUGUUUCCCUUCUACAGAAUAGAAAUCCUUUGUAAUUACUGCAAUGCUUAUAAAUAUUCAUUUUGGGAGAUGCUUGAGGCAUAUGACAACUUAAAAAGAAUGGUUUUCCUGUAGUGUUUUGUUGUUACUAUGCAAGUGGUUCAAAUCUGCCUGUGUAGAGAAAGGAUAAAUGUAAUAUCAGCUUUAAGAAAAGAUUUACUCAGUAAUUUAUAACCAUGCUUUUGGUGUCUUUUGGAAAAGAUGCCUUAAUGCACUUUGUUCACUAACGGGUCCAAAAUAAAAUGGUCCCAAGCUCAGCUUCAGAUUUCUAAAAUACUGAUUCUCCCAGUAAAGGACUAUAUUACAAUUUGCCUUCUGAUGAUAUAAAAAAAUUUAUGAGCAGGAUGAGGAAUAUGUACAUGCCUAUCUGGUUUUUUUCCUUUUUUUUAGUAGAAAAUGAAUGCCUGUCCAUGUUCCUUUGAUUUCCCUUUAUGUGUCAUGAUAACUGCUGAAUUAAAUAGAGAAAAAUCUGGCAGUGCAUUGCUGGUACCAGGGCUUUCAGAUGGGCAGCAUCCCAUUGUUCACAGGCAGGAGCCACUGAUCUUUCCAGAGUAGACAAAAAUAAGACAAAAUGUGUACACAUUGUGAACUGCAGCAUUUAUCAUACUGUCUUUAAUAAUCAAGAAAUGUGUACCCAAAAAUUAAAGAGUAAAUAAGUUCCCAAACAUUACAUUUUACAAUUGAAUACAAUGUUACUGAUAGAAUCUGAUAUAUACUGCCCAGAGGAUCUGACCUGGGAUGUUUGGGAGAUAGCUGAGAUGGUAUGAAAAUUUUUAUAAAAUGAGUUGACAGGAGAUGACUGAUGCAAAGCAGUGAUAAAAAUAUACAUGAAGAAAGGAGUUUUAAUCUAGGCUUAUUGCCAAGUUUCUGCCUAAAAGGAAAAGGCAUAUUAGCAAAUAGCAUGUAGCAAGACUAUGUAUCUUCUCUUUUGCCACAAACAUUAAAUCUAGAAGCUGAUUUCAGAGGUGGAUAAACUGAAAACACUCUUCAGUGUUUAGCUAUACAAUGUUCGCAGAGAUUGAGCUGGACGGAAGCAAUACCAUGAAUUUGGAAAGGUCCCAAAUGAUCUCAUGUAUUUUCAUUGUAAAGAUAGGCCGUGAUUCUAAAGACAGAUCAGGGUUUUGGCCAAUGGAGGAAGAAUGGUCUGUUAUCUACAGGCCUUGCUGAAUCAUUUUUAUUUUAACACAGAACAUUUCAUUUGGAGCUAAGCCACAUUUCUCCAAUGGCCUAUUAACUCAGUCAGUACUUUUUGUGCAUAUAUGUUUGUGUAUGUAUUUACACAUAUGUAUGGGUAUACACACCAGUAUAUGCACAAAUAUGGUGUAUACGCAUACAUACGUAUAUACACAGACAAAGCGACAGCAAUUAGUCAGGUAUUCCUUUUUUGCUUGUUUCUUGAACAAUUUCAUAUUCUGUAUGAUGAUGAGGAAACAAGUUUGCUAUGAAUGGUGUUCUUC